AUGGCUGCCCUCCGGCCUCUGGUGAAGGCCAAGGUCCUCAAAAACAGGACCAAGAAGUUCACCCAGCACCAGUCAGACGGAUAUGUCAAAAUUAAGCGAAACUGGCUAAAACCCAGAGGUGUCAAGAGCAGUAUACAGAGAAGAUUCAAGGGCCGGAUCCUAAUGUCCAGCAUUGGUUAUGGGAACAGCAAGAAAACCAAGCAUAUCUGCCUAGCGGUAGUCACCAACCCCAAUGCCACCAGAGUCACCAACCCCAAUGUCACCAGAGUCACCAACCCCAAUGCCACCAGAGUCACCAACCCCAAUGCCACCAGAGUCACCAACCCCAAUGUCACCAGAGUCACCAACCCCAAUGCCACCAGAGUCACCAACCCCAAUGCCACCAGAGUCACCAACCCCAACACCACCAGAGUCACCGACCCCAACACCACCAGAGCCAACAACCCCAAUGCUGGGCUACCAUAG